AUAACUAAAACAAAUAUUUAUUUAUCUCUUAUUUAAAUGCAAUUGUUUCGUGUUGGAUCUCAUAUGACCAAAAUGUUUUCCAAAGUGGUGACUCUACUAUGCAUAGUUUCUCUUCUCAAACAAACCGAUUGUUUGACUCGAAGCGAAGUUGAAAGCGAGCUCAAACCAACUCUUUUACGACUCCGUGACAUUGCUAAUCUCAAAUACCAGGAAACAACUCGCGAAUAUAGCUCCUUGGUGUCUCAAUUGAACACGUAUUUGACCCGAAGUAGAAACACAACUCAGACUCAAAUCAACAAAAUCAAAGAAAUUUUAACACAAGCCAAGAAAAAUGCCACUGGAGUGACUCUAACAUGUUUGAGGACUCAGGAAAGUAUUGCCUCUCGUUUGAGCACUUCCCUAUUGAAUAAUUGUAACAGUAACUCCAACACUUCACGUCUUGUAAAUACAAAAUCAAGAUUUUCAACUCUUGCAAAUGUUGCAUAUAAUACGGCGUAUUGGUGCUCGAGUUUGAAUCCUUUAGACACUCAAAUCGAAUCGUACGAGAAAUGUUUCAGUGAUAAAGUCUACGAUUUGAAUCUGCAGAUAAACCGACUUCAAAGGCAAUACGAAGAAUUGAGCAAUGAUACUUUACGUUAUAAUCUCAACUGUCUCACUGAUAAAGCUGGCGCUAUUCUAACUCAAAUUGGAGUUAUCAGCUAUGAAAUCAAUAUUUGUUUCUUCACCUAGUAUGAUAAAUGUUAACACUUUAAAAGUUUUGUCAUAAUUAUUUAAUCAAUAAAAUAAAAACCACUAUCUUUGUUUUAUUGCAA